AAAGGACUGUUGGAAUUUGUACAGUUGCUAGUAGAUUGUGGAGCUGAUCUAAAUGCGAUGAAUGACCAUAAACAAACAGCACUACAUGCAGUAGCGAAUAGUAAGAUUAGGGGAACUAGUAUAUGUGAGCUACUACUACAGCAAGGCUGCAAAGUGGAUUCACUAGAUAGCUAUGGCGACCAACCUAUACACAAGGCGUGUGGAAGUGGUGUCACUUCAAUUUGCCUGCUAUUGCUACAAAAUGGAGCAAAUGUAAAUGCGGUAAAUAGACGUGGACAAACUUCACUACAUAUGGCAGCUAUGCGUAUCAGAGGACGUAGAAGUGAGGCAGAAGACGACCAUAAACUGUUGGACGUUUUACUGCAACAUAAUGCCAAAAUUGAUGCUGCAGAUUGCGAUGGCAACCAACCACUUCACUUGGCAUGUGCAACUGGUACACAGCAAACUGUCCAACAUUUCUUAAAUAGAAAUGCUAAUGUCUGUGCCACAAACAAUUAUGGGCAAACUCCUCUUCAUAAGGCAGUUUGUGCCUCUGAAGAUAAUCCUACGGUUUGUGAGAUGCUCCUAGCAAAGGGGUCUCUAAUGAAUGCUACAGAUCACGAUGGAAACACGCCUCUACAUUUAGCAUGUCAAAUGAGAAAAAUUAUAACAACUCGUUUCUUGGUUGAAAAUGGUGCUAAUUGUAGUUUGGUUAAUGUGUCUGGUGACACAUUACUGCACCUUGCUUGUGCAAGUAGAUUUGAAUGUGUUGAGUUGUGUGACUAUUUGAUAUCACACGGAGUGAGCCCUUGUACACCUGACAAACAAGGCAGACUCCCUUUCCAGGUUGCUUUGCACAAAAGACUUGGACAGACAUUCUGCCAUCUGUUUGAAAUUUUGGGUAGAUCCACAUUCAAUGAAUUUCAAAAGACUGCUAUUGACGAUCUUUUUGCCCUGUUGAACUAUCUCUCUAGUAUCCUUAACACUCAAGCUCGUUACACUGGCGUAUUACAGAUUGCUCAUUACACUGACAUAGUACGUCGCAUUUUAGAGUUCAGUGAUAAGUCAGACACUUUGCACAGAGUAUGUUUGACUAAAUUAGAAACAAGAAGAUAUCAUCCAAUGUUUCAAAUAGCAGUUAGAGAGUGCGAUUCUAGACUCUGUCAGCUAUUGAUCAAUCAUGGAGUUUCAGUCAACGGUUUGCUUCAAUCUGUCAACAAACAAGGUCAACACUGCAACGAACUACCUCUGCAUUUGGCAGCAAAGUUGGGACACACUGAUAUAUGUCGUUUGCUAGUAGAAAACGGUGCUAGUAUCGAUGGUGAAAUCGAAGGAAAAACUGCAUUACAACUAGCUAUUACUUGUGGGAAGAUAGAUGUAGCAAGGUUUCUUCUGUGCUAUGACGCUGAUUUGAGUAAAGUUACGAUAGGCGGACUACCUGCUUUGGAGACAGUAGAAUCGAGAAAAGGCCCAAUGGCAUCAAUAGUUCGUGCUACUGAAACAUUUCCUGAAGAAAUUGUGUCUCAAGGAGAGGCAGCGUUGAAUGUCUAUCUCUCAUGCUGCAGCGAGGGAUCAGCAGUGACUGUGUUUCUGCGUGUUGAUGUUGUAGGUCGUGAUGGUGCUGGAAAGACAAGCUUGACAAAGUCUCUAACUCUGCAGACCUUUAAAUUUGAUGAACCGAGCACAAGUGGAGUGGUAUUUGAUCCAAAAUGUCAGAUUAUUGUAAAGGAAACAUGUGAUUGGACCAAUCCUCUCACAUCUGCCGACUAUCCAGAAGUUUAUAACAAGAACGUUGUGGUCAAUAUGGCAGACGAAUUUGACAAACCAGAAGUGAAGGAUCAAUAUUUUAAGUCCAAAGAAGGUCCACAACGAAGACGAAAGCGUGAAGUUGCGACGGUUACGACUGCUUCUUAUGACGAAAUAAAGCCUCUGUAUGAUGCAUCACAAUCUACUGCAUCUGAUACGCACUCUUCAUUGCAAAGUGCUUCGUCGUCUUUGGCAUCCAAACACUUGCCUUGCAAGACAGGGGUAAAAUCUAACUCCUUUGGUACAGCUACCGCGUGUGUUGUUAGACAAAGUUCAGCAUCACAACAACCAUACGAGGCAGAUUCAACAAAUGUGGAUAACUUAAUUGAAGAUGGAAACAGUAGAGCUACAGCCACUGGGUUUGCCAGCAAUUUACGCAGCAUUCACAAGCAACACGAAACUAAGCCAAAUCUAUUUUCUUCAUCUCCUUCAACAGAGGAAAAAUUGCCUUACAAGUUAGACGAAACUGAUAGUGGUUUAAAAUAUCAAAUGCGUAAGUCGUCAGGAAUGAAGAGCAGUAACAAGUCUCAAGCAGCUGGUAAGAGCAACAAAGGAAAAUCACCCUCUAACCAUAUCGGUCAUCACAAACAAAAACAGCCGCCCAAAGGAAGACAAACGAAACAGAAGGAAACGAAACCAUCAAAAGUUCUUGUAUCGUCAAAACCCCGAAUACCUUACAGUGUUGACAAUAUCUCUGAUGAUAGCACAACUAUUGUACCUGAACGCAUUAAGAAGGACGUUUCAAUGAGUUUGAGAGAUCCGUCAUCUCGUCAGAAGGCUAAGAAUGAAAUCAUGGUUACUAUGUUAGACUAUGCUGGUCAGAACGUGUUCUACAUCACACACCAUUUGGUGAUGUCAAAAUCUGGUUUCGCGUACAUUGUAUUUGAUGCCUCUAAGCCAAUGGAUGCCAAAACUCUAUCUGUUUUCCGCUCAGAAGAUGGAAGAACAAUACAAAUUCCUUUGUUUAAUAACGAAACAAACUUUGAUCGAUUAGAAGAGUGGAUGUCAGGUGUUCAUAUCAUGGAACCCGAUCAGUUACGUCGUUUCAUAAUAUUUGAGAACGUAGGGAUAAGAUCACCUGUAAUGUUCUUAGUCGGAACACAUGCAGAUAUGCUUCGAGAAGAGCCUGGGAUGUUGGAAGAGCAGGACAAGUUCAUAAGAAAGAAGCUGGAGGGUACAGUACUGGCAGAGCAUGUCAUUUGGGCAUCUAAAGAUGUAAUGUGUUUUUAUGUUGAUAACACAUUGACAGAUGUAGACAGUGGUGUUGUAGACCCACAGGUUAAUCUGCUUCGUCAGAAGACUGAGGAGGUGGCUCACAAAGUGGCCCGACAUCACAGAUUGCCCGUCAGAUGGCUCAAGUUUGACCAGAAUGUACGAGAAGUAAAGUCUUCUAACCCAGAAAAGAAGACUAUAACCAUCAGCGAAUUGAUGGACCUCGGCAAAAGGGUUGCAGGAAUCAAAAGUCUAGAAGAGCUGUCAGUGGUGCUGCAGUAUUUGAGCACUCGUGCACUGUUGAUGUAUUGCCCCAAGGCAAUGAAAAUUGGAGACGAAGAAGAAGUCGUCUUAGACAUCGAGUGGCUUGUAUUACAGCUGCAGAAAGUCAUCACCAUAUACUUUGAACAAGAUGUACCUCCCAUGUUUCGAAAUGAUUUGAAACGUAGCAAAGAAAAAGGCAUUAUGACAAUGUCUUUCCUGAAACACCUUUUGUCAGAUGCCGGUCCUGCUCAACAACUUGUUGUGUCUCUGAUGAAGCACUAUGAUUUGCUGUGUCAGUACCCUGCAAUUGAGGUCAGCAAUCUGAAGACUUCAAACAGUUGCCAGGAUUUUCUUAAUUUCGAAGAAGAGGUCAAAGGCCAGCUAGACAACAAGGAAGAACAAGAUGAGCCUGACAGUCAAGCUUACUUUAUUCCUUGUCUCCUGGAGCAUGUCGUAGGUCUUGAAUCACUUGAGAUGGAAGACGAGAGGAAGUCGUUACCUCUCCUAUUGUCUUCUGCUCCCCUUCGCAUUCCUCAGCCAUUAUUCUACAGAGUGUUAACUCUUCUGUGUAAACGUUUUCGUCGUUUGCCCGUUAUCUAUCGCAAUGUUGGCUACUUUCACAUAUACCCCGGUCACCGACUGGAGUUUGCUCUCAACAGGUACAGCUUUAGAUUCACUGUGCUGUUCGAGGCACAUGCCACGCCUAAUACAAAGGUGUGUGCUGCUAUUCGUCAAUGGAUUGUCAAUAUUGUGGACAAGGCAAAACAACAAGGAAUGGGAGGACUGCAGUUGCAACUGGGAUUUGAGCUCAGUGGAUCAACAUCAGAUGAGUUUAUCUCCUUGGAUGGAUAUCAAGAUACUCGCUUUGAGCUCUACAGCAGUGAGAAAAGUAGAGAAAUUCAAUGUCCUUGCAGACUUCACCUCUGGUAUCCCCAGGUUCAGUGUCGUGAUCUUCCAUUGCAUCAAGAACUAAGCUAUGCAACACCCGUGAAAUUUCUUACUGGCAAUAGUACGGCAAGUUGUAUGCUGGAUGUGUCAAAGUAUCUGGAUGAAGCUGAUGAUUUGGGAGACGACUGGAGAAGAUUAUGGAAACAACUGUUAGAGAGGCCUCUCGAGGAAGACGUCGCAAGAAAGAAUAGUAAGAGCCCCACUCUUUACAUACUGAGGCGGUGGUGCAGAAUGAAGCAUCCCAGUGAAGCUACAAUUGGACAGCUGAUGAAGGCUCUUAAUGCAAUAUACAGAAAUGAUGUCGCUUGUGUACUAGAAGAAUACUGCCAGACAUCGGAGACAGCCAGUGGAGAGCCAAGUUCAUUUGUGCUUACAGAUAGUGAAGCUGACAAGGAAGCAACACAGACUGAGUUGAAUAAGCUUGCACAACUUAUUCAAAGUAACUGGGAAGAGGUUGCUUCAUCGCUUGCACCAGACUUGUUUACAAGCUCUCACAUGAACGUUAUACGACAAGAGCAUACUAAACGAAGGCUUCAAGCUCAAGACAUGCUAGAGAAAUGGAGGAGCUCACUUGGUAUCAAAGCUCAUCGUCGUUUGCUGAUUGAGGCAUUGAUUAGAGAAGAUCAGAGAUAUCAGGCUAAUGAGGUUUUUGGAGUAGACCUUGUAAAGCAAGUGUCACCACAAAAGUGAAACUUUCUCGAGUAUGAGUGACUCAAUUGCAGUGAUUAAAACUUUAGCAUUUGUAACCAUAGUAACAACGUAAUGUUGCAUCGGCUGUUCAGUACUUUACGUAUGACGGGUUUUGAAGUCUUGAUGAGUAGGAUGAGCAGCCUGAUGCAACAUCAGUUUGAUUUGGAACUGUAUAUAUACACAUAUACUUAUACGUAUGAUGACUUAUUGUACACUCGAUCCUCACUCAGUCUAGAGUUGCUGUAUUUCAGGAUAUGCUGGAUGUCUGUAUGCGCACUAUAAUAGGGUAGAGUGACAAUGUUGAUUAUCACUUUCGUAUUCAAUUUAUUAAUUAUAUUUUGU